ACACUACUAUGUGACAUAUUCAGACACAAGGCGGGAAUUUGCUCGUUUUUUGGUUGCAUAAAAAUCAGAACAAAAAAAAAAAAAAGAAAAGCCCAUUGAGCGGCGGUGCGCGGAGCCCUCGGUGCAGGAGCUUGUAGCGGUGCGGACGGUGCACGAGCCCCGGGCUGGCAGAGCUCCCGUCAUGGUCGCUGUUCACGCUUCUCAUUCCUCCUCCUCUGCAGAGUGGAUUGCCUGUCUAGAUAAAAGGCCAGUGGAGCGUUCAGGAGAAGACGUAGACAUAAUAUUCGCCCGUCUGAAAGAAGUGAAGGCUUUCGAGAGAUUCCAUCCUAAUUUACUUCAGCAGAUCUGCUUCUGUGGAUAUUAUGAGAGCUUGGAAAAGGGGGUUACGUUGUAUCGCCAGGGAGACAUUGGUACAAGUUGGUAUGCGGUGCUCACAGGCUCCUUGGAUGUCAAAGUGACUGAAACUAACAGCCAUCAGGAUGCUGUUGUUAUUUGCACGCUGGGAGUCGGUACUGCUUUUGGAGAGUCAAUACUGGAUAACACCCCCCGACAUGCCACCAUUGUUACCAGGGAAUACAGUGAACUCUUACGGAUUGAGCAGAAGGAGUUUAAAGCGCUGUGGGAGGCACUUCCUUCCAGUAUUGUCGGUAUAGAUGACUCUACUCUGUACAGCAAAUCUGACAGGUUAGCCGUGGGAAACAGAAAGUGUCAGCGUAUUGUGACUGCUCAAGUGGUCAGUGUAAAAGCUGAGGAUAUUUAA